AUGCCCGCCGUUUCUACCGCCAGCACUAUCACCAAAGCAUCUAAGAAGAAGAGUUUCCCUAAGAAGUCGUCCACUGACAGAGGCAGCCUCAAGGAAAGUGACGCCCACAUUAGGGAAAAAAAAUUGAAGGACAAGAAAAGAAAGCGUUCUCAGAGAAAGCGUUCUACUAAGGAGAACCCCAAGGGUGACGAAGUUGUCAAGGAGAAGUCUUCCAACGAAGGUGCCUCUUUGAAGCCUACCAACUCUACCCCAGCUCAGCAGGUUUCCAAGCCUUUCGAGCCCACCAAGGAAAAGAAGAAGUCUAAGCGGAAGUUCCUCUCCAACGAGGGCGACUCCUACUACCCUUCCCACUUCUUCACUUUCCAGCUCAUUCUUGAGGAUUUUGUACCUCUCAACCCAGGUCAGACUUCUUACCUUGAGUUGUACUUGGCCCAAAAGAAUGAACCAUGUCCAGAGGUUAAGGAAACUCCUGAACCCGAGGUCAUUCCUGUUCAGGUCGAAGAACCAAAUUUGCCUGAACCAGUCAACCCAAUUCAGGAAACUCCUGAAGCCGAGGUCACCAACCCUGUUGAGGUAACUUUACCUGAAGCAGAGGUCCCCACUGACAGUGUCCAGGUGGCAACCCUUUUGCCCUUGGACUUUCCCGUUUUCAAGACUUGGUCGUCUUUGUCGCAGACUCAAAAGACCUACUUUCCAGGCGACUUUCUCCACUUCAGAAAGUCCCUCAAGGAAGAGGAAUCCACUUUCUUCCCUAAGGAUUUCUACUUCUGGCAGGAUGCCUGGACCGAGAAGUCGGACGAGUCCUUCACCAUUGAGGACUUUUUCGAAUUCCGACUCAUUCUUGACGAGCUUGUGCCUCUCAAUGCAAUGAAGAAGAGACAUACCCCAAAGACAAAGAGGGUCUUCCUCGUUGAUGACGGACACCUUUUCGUCACCGACUUCUUCAGCUUUCAGCACAUUGUUGAUGGGCUCGAGUCGCUCGAAGGUCAGUUGUCUGACUACGAUUUCUGCUUGCGUGAAGAGCACUUUGAGUUGUACUCCAGAGCAGAACCAGAACCAGAGCCUGUGAAGACUCAGCCUGUGAAGACUCAGCCUGUGAAGACGCAGGAGGUCUACUUCCCCGAAGACUUCAGCAACUUCUUCCAGCUCUGGACUUCCACUCCCAAGUACAACAAGGUUUUCCUUCCAAACGACUUUUACUUUUGGAAGGAUGCCACAAACGACGAAGACACUCCCUCCUUCUUGCCAAGGGAAUUUUUCCACUGGCAGAGUAUCUUCAACGAAAAGUGCAGCAAGUCCUUCCUUCCCCUGGACUUCUGCUCCUUUCAAGACAUUAUCAAGUCAGUCGAGCCAGUACCUGAAGUACACCCUACGGCUCCAGACAAUAAUGUGAAGAGGAAAGAGGUAAACUCCAAGCUUCCCCUGGAGUCUAACUCAUCCUCCAAACCCUGCUUUGUGCAGCCCAGCAAGCAGUCCAAAAAGAAGGCACGUUCUUCUAAGGGAAAGAACCGCAGUAAGAAGACGCUGGUUCCCUUUGAACUUGUUUUCGACGAACCAGAAUCUCCGGUUCCCGCUGCUUUCGAGCCGAUGCAUGAGCUGGAUAGCUCUGCACGUUCCUCGUUGCUUGAUUUGUUUGAGUACGAGGACGAGUUUUAUGAACCAGACUUCAGCGUAUCCAAGGGAGCUAAAUGGAAGUACUGA